AGGAGGCAACGACGAAUCAAGCAUUGGGGGGCUGGUUCGGGAGGCAGUAGUGGCUGCUGUGGAUGGGACCGGGCCGGCUUGGCGCGCCCAUGGAGCGCCACAGCAGCGUCGUGGCCACCUCCACCUCGUCGACCCAGGACCCAGCGCCGGAAGAACCAGAUGGGCGGCGGCAGGAGCCCCUGCGGCGCCGGGCGAACAGCGCAUCAGCGCCAGCCCCGGCGGAGGGAGCAAGGCGGGAGCGACCCGGCUCGUUCAGCGGCGCUGCUUUGGUCUCCCGCCAGCGCGUGGAAAGCCUCAAGAAGAAUCGGCCCCUUUUUCCAUGGUUUGGCUUGGACAUUGGUGGAACCCUAGUCAAGCUGGUUUAUUUUGAACCCAAAGACAUCACUGCUGAAGAAGAAGAGGAGGAAGUAGAAAGUCUUAAAAGCAUUCGGAAGUACCUGACCUCCAAUGUGGCUUAUGGGUCCACAGGUAUUCGGGACGUGCACCUGGAGCUGAAGGACCUGACUCUGUGUGGACGCAAAGGCAAUCUGCACUUUAUACGCUUUCCCACUCAUGACAUGCCUGCUUUUAUUCAAAUGGGCAGAGAUAAAAACUUCUCGAGUCUUCACACUGUCUUUUGUGCCACUGGAGGUGGAGCGUACAAAUUUGAGCAGGAUUUUCUCACAAUAGGUGAUCUUCAGCUUUGCAAACUUGAUGAACUAGAUUGCUUAAUAAAAGGAAUUUUAUACAUUGACUCAGUUGGAUUCAAUGGACGGUCGCAGUGCUAUUACUUUGAAAACCCUGCUGAUUCGGAAAAAUGUCAGAAGUUACCGUUUGAUUUGAAAAAUCCAUACCCUCUGCUUCUGGUGAACAUUGGCUCUGGGGUUAGCAUCUUAGCAGUAUAUUCCAAAGAUAAUUACAAGCGGGUCACUGGUACCAGUCUUGGAGGAGGAACCUUUUUUGGUCUCUGCUGUCUGCUUACUGGCUGUACCACUUUUGAAGAAGCUCUUGAAAUGGCAUCUCGUGGAGAUAGCACCAAAGUGGAUAAACUAGUGCGAGACAUUUAUGGAGGGGACUAUGAGAGGUUUGGACUGCCAGGCUGGGCUGUGGCUUCGAGCUUUGGAAACAUGAUGAGCAAGGAGAAGCGAGAGGCUGUCAGUAAAGAGGACCUCGCCAGAGCCACUUUGAUCACCAUCACCAACAACAUUGGCUCCAUAGCAAGAAUGUGUGCCCUUAAUGAAAAUAUUAACCAGGUGGUAUUUGUUGGAAAUUUCUUGAGAGUUAAUACGAUCGCAAUGCGGCUUUUGGCAUAUGCUUUGGAUUAUUGGUCCAAGGGACAGUUGAAAGCACUUUUUUCGGAACAUGAGGGUUAUUUUGGAGCCGUUGGAGCACUCCUUGAGCUAUUGAAGAUCCCCUGAUCGUUACCUGGGGAGGGGAUUCCUGGAACUUUCCACAAUGGGAUCUUUGAACUUUUGUGUUUUGAGAGACUUAAUUUUAUGAUUGUGUAUUACUUGAAUCAAAGCAAGAAAGGAUAAGUGAAUUUUUCUAUGUCAUCAAGAUAAACUCUUAAAAAUUCAGUCUAGACUAGUAACCAGUAGGGAAAGAUAUAUAUGUAUAUAUGUAUAUAUAUAAAGUGGACCAUGCCAUGGCAGUGAGGAUUGGCUAUAAUGCCUGCUGUAUAUAUUUGAAAUUCAGUGUUCUGUGUUGUUUCUGUGUUUUUUUUCUUGUCCUGUGGAACUUGCUAAAUGUAAGGCAAGCUGCUUUGUGUUAUAAUCUAAUCACAAUUUUGUCAGUAUGGCCUUGGAGAUUAUCUCCUGUGCAUUAACUCUGGUGUUCAUUAGCAUUUGUGUAAACAUUGAAAAACAUGUUUUAUUUCAAGGUUCUGCAAACUUAAUUGGGCAGGUUAAUUCUAUACCUGUAACUUUGACAAUCAAGCAACUUUUAGAAGGACAGUUGCAGGUGACUUCACACCAUACAUGCUAGGAACCUCUCUGAAAAGACAGGACUUCUUCCUUGGGCAGAAUUACCUUGGGUAUUGGGCUGCUGGAAGUGAAUAAACUUCUACAGAAAGCAUAAUCUGGAAGACUAAAACCAGACAAAAAGGAUUGCUUUUCUUCUACGGAACUGGGGAGAGGAUCUGGUGACACUUUCAGGUUAGUAGAAGUCAAGGAGUUGUUGAGGUGUCUAUUCAUUAACGCGGAGCAGGGCGGGGUUGUCCCUCCUCUCUGUCCCACUCCUGGCCCUGAGUCCUGAGUUCUCUGGGAGGCUGGCUCAAAACGCUGCUUGAGAGACGGGGUUUGAGAUCUGGGUGUUGAUACACAUUGAUUUUAGACCGUUUUUUUCCUGCUGUGCAGAAUAACUUUUUAAAAUCUUCCCCUUGGAUAUUGCAAU